CAUUACUUAACAAAAAUGUCGGGAGGUAUGAAAGUUCUUAACAGUGAGGACUGCUUGGUAGAAUCAGGAGGAUUUGGAAAAUUUCAGUGGUUAAUACUUCUUUUUGGAGCGAUUGGGCUGCAAGGGGGGAAUUUUUUUGUGUAUAAUAUGUCGUUGUUGCUGAAAAUGCCUGGAUUUGAGUGAAGAAGUGAUGUAAGCAAGCCCUUUGAGAGAUGAGAGAGGGAGAAUAUAUGUAGAGCAGAGCAGAUGAUUGAUAGGAAUCUGUGGAGGACGGAUUUUGAAGGUGGUGGGUUGGACAAUUCUGAGGUAUCUUUUCAUAAUUGGAUGACUGAUCAAGAGUUGUACUGCUUGGAUAGUUACAUGAUUGGUUUAUUUGGCUCUGCUUACUUUCUUGGAUAUGCUUUGAAUGGGAUAAUAAUUAAGCAAGCUGACCGAUUUGGAAGAAAGAAAAUUAUAAUUUUUGGAAGUAUUAUACAAGUGAUAUGCAGCUUUAUCUUAUUUUUCACUACAAACAUUUAUCUGAAGUACGUCACCUUAUUUUUUAUGGGCAUUGGAAUGUGAAAAGCUGUAGUGAUAUAUAUCCUAUGCACUGAAAUGUUUCCUCAAAAGAAUAGGAUGAAAGCUGGAAGCUUUAUCCUGAAUAUAAAAUAUAGCUUUGCUAUGCUGAUUACUUGCUCAUAUUUCUUAUCAGGAGGUAAACAUAUCAACAAUAUAAUGAUUCUGGCAUUAUUUUUUUCUGUUUUAUCCUUGAUCUUAUCGUUUAUUAUUCCAGAUUCUCCUAAAUAUUUUUAUGAAAAGAAAAUGUUCAAAGAACUAAGGUCUACUCUUGAACAAAUAUCUAAAAUUAAUGGAGUAUCUUUUGAUCAGAAAAAUGUUAGAUUUCAAAAUGAGUCAACCAAAGUUAUAUCAAAAAGUAGACAAGAUACAAAACCUUCAGUGAAAGAUGCAGGUAACUCUGAAGCAUCAGAAGAAAAUUAUUCAGUCCUGAAGGAUCUUAAGAACCCUUUGACUGUUCAGAAUUUGAUCUGAAUCGCCACCUGAUUCUCUAUUGUUGGAUUUAACUACUACCUCUUAGGAUAUUACACAAAGUAUAUUAAAGGAAAUAUCUUUUACAAUAUGCUUGCAUCUACCAUUGCCGAUUCAGCAGGAACAUUUCUCCUAGGCUCUGUGCAUAAAUACCUCGGAACCAAGAGAGCAUUCUUGAUGCUAAUAAUUUGUGAAUCAUUAUGCUUCUCUCUUCUUCUCUACUUUAAACAAGGAAUGAUUCUGACUCUUAUCCUAUUCAUGAUCGUUUGAUUGAUGGGAGGGAUAUACCCUCUGAUCUAUAACUUAAUUUCAGAGAUUUUCUCACCUCUGUUCGUGCCCUUUACUUUCUCUAUUUGCAACAUAGCUUCAAGAGGGGUUACAAUACUAGCUCCUCAAAUCGCAGAGCUUAAACCAAGAGAGAUCCCUAUAAUCACCCUGAUUUUUUCCUGAUGAAUUGCAGCAUUUGCUAUGGUGAAUCUGAGGACUGACAGCAAGCUUGAUGUAGCCAAAUCUAAGAAGACUGAUUAAGUGCGUCGUACUUUCAAUCAAAA